AUGGAGAACGGCGGCAUCUCACAAGCCGAGGGCAAGGACCCUUCCAGUUUCCUCAGCGACAUCAUCGGCAACUCGGUCGUCGUGAAGCUCAACUCUGGCGUCGUCUACAAGGGAGAACUGCAGUCUGUGGACGGAUACAUGAACAUUGCGCUGGAAAAGACGGCCGAGUACGUCAACGGCGUCAAGCGGAGGGAGUAUGGCGAUACCUUUGUGCGAGGCAACAAUGUUAUGUACAUUUCGGCGGACUCAUGA